AUGACUCCAGCACACUCGCUAGUUAGAUACGACAACCCAGUUUUGGUGUCUCGGACAGACGCAGCAGGAAAGGUUGUUGGAGGAAAAACCGCAGCGGGGCAGUCAACAGACUCAAAGAGACCACUCGGUGGUCUGAAGAAACUCCCACCAGUUGAUGACAAGGGUCGUGUAAAGACUCCUACACAAACUGAAGAUAUUCUCAACUCAAUCCUACCUCCUCGUGAGUGGGAUGAAAAUGGGCAACUGUGGGUCCAGAAAGUAUCCAGUACUCCUGCAACCCGUCUAGAUGUGAUCAAUCUACAGGAGCAACUGGACCACAUGCUGCAGAAACGCCAAGCUAGGGAAACUGGAAUUUGCCCAGUGCGCCGUGAACUCUACAGCCAAUGCUUUGACGAACUGAUUCGUCAAGUCACCAUUAGCUGUCAGGAGCGUGGACUACUUCUUCUUCGAGUGCGAGACGAAAUUCGCAUGUCCAUUGCUGCUUAUCAAACGCUGUACGAGAGUAGUGUGGCAUUUGGUAUGCGCAAAGCUCUUCAAGCAGAACAGGGCAAAUCAGAUAUGGAAGUCAAGAUCAAGGAGCUUGAGGACGAUAAACGUCAACUCGAGCAAAAUGUACUUGAACUCAAAGCCAAAUGUGAGGCAAUCGAGAAGCGAGAAAGUGAGCGACGCGCAAUGGAAGAAAGAAAGCAUGCCGAAGAGAUUGCAUUCCUUAAAAAGACAAAUGUUCAGCUCAAGACACAACUUGAGGGUAUUCUGAGCCCUCAAAAAAAGUAG